AAUUAGAUUUAAUCCAAGGAAUUAGAGAAGUCCCGAGUAAUUUGGGCCAAUCCCUGUGAUCUUAACGCAGUGAAUCUUUCUCUCUUUUGAAAAGUCGCCCCAAAGAGCAGAACCCCACUCAGGUUCCCCCUUGCCGAAGUGUGUUCUUUCUCCGACAGCAAACUCGAGGCAGCGAACCCGAGGGAGGGAGAGAGAGAGAUGGGUUUCUUCUCGUUUCUUGGAAGAGUUCUCUUCGCUUCGCUCUUCAUCCUCUCUUCUUGGCAAAUGUUCAAUGACUUUGGGGUUGACGGUGGCCCUGCAGCUAAAGAGUUGGCUCCAAAGCUUCAUCUGGCCAGUGCACGUCUAUCUUCCAAAUUAGGGUUUGCCUUGCCUGAUAUCGAGGUCAGACAAGUCGUGGCUACUAUUGUUGCCCUGAAAGGAGUUGGAGGCUUACUGUUUGUUUUCGGCAGCGUCUUUGGGGCUUAUCUUCUGGCCUUCUAUUUGGUGGCUAUCAGUCCUGUUCUAUAUGAUUUCUACAACUAUGGGCCUGAGGACCAGGAAUUCUCUCUUCUCUUCACCGAGUUCUUGCAGAGUGUUGCACUCUUUGGGGCAUUGCUUUUCUUUGUCGGAAUGAAGAUCACAACGACAGCCUCCAAGAGGAAUGCAAGGAAGAAGACUCCUAAACCUAAAGCUGCUUAGAGUUUGUGGGUUCUGUCCUGUCUGUCCCCACAGCCUUGGAGUUUGCUUGUCCAAAUGCCCUUCAAAAUUUUCAAGAAAGAUCUUCUCUUUUGGAUUUCUUCUGGAAGUUAUAGGAUUCUUGAUUAGAUCACGUUAUAUUAAUGAUUUUAUCUUUAUUUGGAUUGAUUUGGGAUACGGAAGAGUUUUGAAUGUAUGGGUCGUACAGUUCCUGGAUUGUCUUCUUGAUCCAAUUCAUCUUCUUUAAAAUA